AUGUCUAACAUUGUUGAUAGUGGACUAAUAGGCCGAAUUAUGGGAAACACUAUUAGCUAUUUUACAAAUCGAAGUGGUCUGAGCUUAGCUUACAGCAUUUUGAUAAAAAAUCCUAAACUAAAAAAGAUCUGGAUUAUUUGUGAAAACUGGCCUUCCCAGCUUUUUAUAAUAAAUCAAUUUUUGCAUGAAAAUCUGAGCGCAAAUACAUUUAAAUUUGAUUACACAGGCUGCGAAAACAGCCAAGGAGAGCACUCAUUUGGAGGCUUAACCCGAGAUGCAAACGAUAUUGACGAUGCUGUAAAUUUUUUAAAUUCCAAAGGAUAUGAAGUAGAAGGAAUUAUAGGACACUCAAAAGCUGCACAAGGCGUGAUUAUUUAUUCUGCUAUAUAUGGACAAGUAAAAAAUAUCAUUGUAUUAUCAGCAAGAUUUCAUAUGAAUGUUUUGCCAUUCUUUUUGCAUGAAACGACAGAAAUCGCUCGACGCGAAAAAGAAAUUAUUCAUACUGGCGUUGGUUCUCGGUGGAAAUUUACAUGAGAUAUGGUAGAAGAGACAAUAAAUACUGAUAUGAAAUUUUAUUGUGAAAGGGCUCAAGGAGACUUUUAUAUUUUCCAUGGCAAUGAGGACGAAAUGUGCCCUUUUGCAGAUUCCUUAGAAUAUGUUAAAGCAUUAAAUGUAAAAUGCAAAGGAUAUUUUACGUUUAACUGUGAUCAUUUAUACAUUGGUGUUUUUGAUGAGAUUAUUGAGAUAAUUGAAGAUAUUAUUUCGAAAAAUUAA